AUGUCUAAAGCUAUAUUGAACACUCAUGAAGGUUGCCGAAAUAUUGAACGCGAUGCUGGCGAGCGACACAGCGCGAGGACAGCCCGACGAGCACUGGCAGCGCACGCUAUGCGCAAGCGCAGACCAGCUCUAAAAAUGGAGUCAACCAGUGGAGUUCGCUUACGACUCACGAGUACCAUCCAUUCCAAAUUUGUAUUUUCCCGAAAUAGCCCGGGCGGCGGACGCCCAUCGGAUCGGUUACUCCAACGUGCACCGACCUGCAGCUUACUGCGUGCAGGGUGCGCCGCGGAGCCUACGGAUGAGUUCACCAUAGGUUGUUAUGUAAGGAGGACUGUACACCGCGUGACGACCGUAUCGAAAAUAAACGUGCACACAAAAUCGACGCCGGCGACGGGCGCCACAUGUGCGCGCUCCCGUCAGCGUUCCAAGGAUCGCUCGCUGGAGGGGAGGCUAUUAUUAGUCGAACACCAUCUACCACUGUCACCUCCCGCAGGGCAGUUGAGCUAUACAUAG